AUGGCGACAGCUUCAACACUUCUCACACAAAAGGCCAAGCUGGCCACGGGUGCAACGAUCCCCCGGAUCCAGCUGGGGCUGUACAUGAUGUCCCGCAGCGAGGCGUCGCGCUCCGUGCGCUGGGCUCUCGAGGCCGGGUACCGCGGCUUCGACUGCGCGCAAAUGUACCGCAACGAGGCCGAGGCGGGCGCGGCGAUCCGCGAGGCCAUCGAGGGAGGAGCAGUAGCAGGUGGCAAGCAGCAGCAGCAGUUGGUGGCACGCGAGGACGUCUUUUACACGACCAAGCUGGCCAGCAACAGCGAGUCGUACGACGCGGUGCGGAGGUCCAUCCGCAAGUCGGUCGACGCCUGCGGGCUCGGAUACGUGGACUUGUUCUUGCUGCACAGCCCCUACGGAGGACGCGAAGCCAGGUUGACGAGCUGGAGGGCGGUUGAGGAUGCUAUCGAUGCUGGGGAGGUCAAGAUGGGUGGUGUGAGCAACUAUGGUGUCAAGCAUAUCGAGGAGCUCAUGGCUUCCAAGCCCCGACACCACCCUGUGAUCAACCAGAUCGAGGUGCACCCCUUCAACACUCAAGUCUCGAUCCGGGAAGCUUGCGCCAGGCACAAUAUUGUCAUCGAAGCAUAUGCGCCUUUGGCACGGGGGAUGCGAAUGAAUGACCCCACCAUGGUGUCGCUGAGCAAAAAGUACGGCUGCACCGUCGCUCAGCUUUUUGUCAAGUGGUCUUUGCAGCACGAAUUUGUGACCCUGCCCAAGAGCAGCAAGCGAGAACGCAUAGUCGAGAACGUCGACGUGGGUGGUUUUGAGAUUUCACAGGAGGACAUGGAGAGGAUGAAUGGACUAGAUGAGAAGCUGGUUACGGACUGGGAUCCUACCGAUGCGGACUGAUACAAUUUUAAUCAAUGCCUGCCUUAUUGACUAAUGCAUUUAGCAAGUUACGGAACUUGCCGUGAGAUCCUUAUCAUUCUAGGUUCUAGAACCAGUCUAGCUGUAGAAUGUGUACUCUACC